UUGAGUGAAAAUGGUACAUGUUGGAAGACGUGAAACAAGGAAAAGUUCUAAAACCCAAGUGCCUGAGCAGAAAUCGCGAGUUGAUUGGAGGCGAACUAAAAGAAAGAGCAUCUCGCAAUUAAUUGACAGUGAGGAAGAGCCUGAUAGUAGUGAAGACCUCGACGGUGAUGAAAGUGUUGGUAGUGAUGACGAGCUUGAUGGCAACAAGGGACUUGACAGCAACAAAACACCAGAAGGUGAAAGAGAGCUUGAAGCGAACAGAAUGGAGAGCGAAGGAAACAGCAGUGAGCGUCUCAUCAGCACGGAGGGCAGUUCAACAUACGAAGAAGAAAUGAACAGGACCAAGUCUAGGAGUAUUGAUUUACCAGAUGAGGAAAAAUAUCCAGGUGGAGAGAGCAACGAUCUCAGCAAACACACUGGGCAGAUAAUAGAGGAAGCUGGAGAAGAAGAACACAUCAUGCCAGGGAGAAGAAAAAGGAUAUCCUCUGUGAUGUACGACAGUGACGAGAGUGAUGACAGUGAUAUCCUCGUUAGAAAAGUAGGUGUCAAACGCCCGCGACGAGUGGUUGAAGAUGAAUGUUCUUCCAUGGAAAUGGAGCAGAACUCUGGAAAAACAUUAGCUGCACGAAAACGAGAACAGCUUCAGAAGCUGAAAGAACUCUCAAAGCAGAGAUCUCGUCAGAGACGCAGUAGUGGUAGAGACUUUGAGGACUCUGAAAAGGAAUCCUGCCCAAGCAGUGAUGAAGAGGAGGAGGACGAGGAUGAAUCUGAUGAAGAUGGAGAUGAUUAUAUCAUUGAUGACUUUGUAGUACAAGAUGAGGAGUGUGGUGACGAGAGUAAACACCAGCGAGGAGAAAAACUGACGACAUCACAACUGAAAUUAGUGAAACAGAAUUCUCUUUAUUCUUUUAGUGACCAUUAUACUCACUUUGAAAGAGUUGUGAAGGCUCUUCUGAUCAAUGCUUUGGAUGGAUCUUUUCUGGGAACAUUGUAUGAUGGCACUAGGCAAAAGUCAUAUGCACAAGAUAUGUUGACAUCUCUUCAUUAUUUGGACAACCGCUUUGUUCAGCCUCGUCUAGAGAAUUUAGCUUCUAGAAGUCGUUGGAAAGAGCAAUAUAAGGAGCGGGUAGAAAGUUAUUCCAAUGUGAGUAUUCAUUGGAAAAAACCUGAAAAUUGUGCCUGCCAGGCUUGUGGAUUGCAUCGCUACUGUAAAUAUUCCGUGCAUUUAUCAGGAAAGUUGUAUAACACCAGGACCAUGGAAACUGAUGAUUUUAUGUCACAUGAUAAACAGGUGUUCAUUGUUGGCAGAAUUUGUGCUGACCGUACCAGAAUUUAUCAUAAACUGAAACACUUUAAGUUCAAACUGUACCAGGAGUGUUGCUCCAUUGCAAAGAGAGAAGAAGCUGAAGAUGAACAGGUUAAAGAGACAGUGGACAGAAUCUUCAGUCAGUCGGAAGUACGUGACUGGAUUAAGGAGAAAUAUGAUCAACUGCAAGAUUCUCUCAACUUUGCGGAUUACUUUCAAGAUGAGAAGUUUGACUGAAUUGUAACACAUUUUCUUCAGAGAAGAUUUGAUAAAUUCCUGUGAAUGUGAAGAUCAGGAAUCUUGUUUCUGUGUAUCAUGUGACAGAUUUAUAAACUCUAUGUAUGUCUUCACGGGAAAAUAUCUUGUUUAAAACAUAUGAUCAUCUUGAUUCCCAUGAAAUGCCACUCUACAGUCUAGUAAAACUUUUAUCUGAUGUACAUAGAAAACAUAAGCCUGAUAAUUUUUAAGUUUGUACGUGUAUUUUGACAUUAUAUAAUGAUGGCUUUAUAACAGAUGACUAUCAAGUGAGUGCGUUGUUCGUGUACUGUCACUUAGUAGAAAUAUACUAGUUUGAAGUAUGCGUUUAGACUGACACCUGUGUGUAGUUGCUGAAUUCCUGUGCGCGUCUGAUUGUCGUCCUUUUGAAGUGUUAAUGCUCUUCACUGAAGUAUUUUUGACUGUCACGUCCAUCAGCGGGCCAUGGAAACGCCUCAGAGCGUCAUUCCAUUCAGUCCUCUUGUCUCAGAACCAGACCGCGUCUGCUUCAGCUGGAGAAGAGUUUUCUCUUUUUCUAAAGUUCCUCUUUCAAAUAGGCUUCAGGCCUCCAAAUCUUUUAGCCCUCAUAUUCAAGAAUAGUUUCAUGAUGUGUAUUUUCAUGCUUUAUAAUAUUCUAUUUUAUUCAAUUUUGUCUAGAUGUUGAUGACUAAGAUGUAUCUUAUUAUUUGUAUCCAUACCUUUUCCUUUAUAAGUAUAUAUGUUAGGGUCAGAAGAUCUCAGAGAGAUAAAUUCUGCCAAGAACACUUUAAAAGCAUAUUUUUGUAUCUGGGUUCCUUUGCACAUCUAAUUUUUUUCCAUAAAAUAAUAAAGUAAACAGCUGCAGGAUGAACAAAUGGA